AAGCAAUUCUCUAUUGAACUCGAGCCAUCUUUCUCUUUUUCUACCUUGUGUACGUACCACUAUUGUUAACAUGGUUCUUCCAGAUCUUCCAGAUGCUGAAAUUGGAAACGUUCGGUUGCGAUUUGCACCUGAGCCUAGUGGCUAUCUUCACAUUGGUCACGCAAAAGCAGCUCUGUUGAACCAGUAUUUUGCUGAUCGAUACCAAGGUCAGGUUAUUAUUCGUUUCGAUGAUACCAAUCCUACUAAAGAAAGUAAUGAGUUUGUGGACAACUUGGUGAAAGAUAUUGGUACAUUAGGUAUCAAAUAUGAAACAAUUACAUAUACAUCAGAUUACUUCCCUGAGUUGAUGGAAUUGGCUGAAAAAUUAAUUAGUCAGGGUAAAGCAUAUGUUGAUGACACUCCUGGCGAACAAAUGAAAGCGGAGAGAAAGGAUGGCAUAGAAUCUAAAUGCAGAAAUCAAAGUGUAGAGGAGAAUUUGAAACUAUGGAAGGAGAUGAUUGCAGGAUCGGAGAGGGGCUUGCAGUGUUGUGUCCGUGGGAAAUUGGAUAUGCAGGACCCGAACAAAUCACUCCGUGAUCCUGUUUACUAUCGGUGCAAUCCGAUGCCUCAUCACAGAAUUGGAUCCAAGUAUAAAGUGUAUCCGACUUAUGAUUUUGCAUGUCCAUAUGUUGAUUCGACGGAAGGUAUCACACAUGCCCUUCGGUCAAGUGAAUACCAUGAUCGGAAUGCUCAGUAUUAUCAGAUUCAAGAGGAUAUGGGAGUUGAGAAAGUUCUCAUCUACGAAUUUAGCCGGUUGAAUAUGGUCUACACUGUUCUCAGCAAGCGGGAGCUUCUGAAGGUUGUUCAAAAUGGAACAGUUGAAUCAUGGGAUGAUCCACGAUUUCCUACAUUGCAAGGAAUUAUGCGUAGAGGUUUGAAAAUUGAAGCGCUAAUCCAAUUUAUUUAUGAUCAAGGGGCAUCAAAAAAUCUCAAUCUCAUGGAGUGGGACAAGCUCUGGACCAUCAAUAAGAAGAUUAUUGACCCUGUAUGUCCCAGACACACUGCUGUCAUUGCGGAUAGACGGGUAUUGUUGACCCUCACGGAUGGUCCUGAGAAAUCAUCUGUCCGCAUCAUACCUAGGCACAAGAAAUAUGAAGCUGCCGGAAAUAAAGCUACGACAUAUGCUAAAAGGAUAUGGAUUGACUAUGCUGAUGCAAAGUCCAUAUCAACAGGUGAGGAAGUAACCUUGAUGGAUUGGGGAAAUGCCAUAGUAAAGGAAGUAGAGAAGGACCAAGAUGGGAAUGUCAUAGGGUUGAGUGGUGUUUUGCAUCUUGAAGGAUCUGUGAAGACCACAAAAUUGAAACUUACUUGGCUACCUGAGUUAGAUGAACUAGUUAGCUUGACAUUGAUGGAGUUUGAUUAUCUAAUUACCAAGAAAAAGCUUGAGGAAGGAGAGGACAUCAUUGAUUGGCUUAAUCCCUGUACAAAAAAGGAGACUCUAGCAUAUGGAGAUGCCAAUAUGCGAAAUCUUCAGCGUGGAGAGGUAUUGCAGCUGGAGCGAAAGGGAUAUUUCAGGUGUGAUGUACCCUUCGUUCGGCCUUCAAAACCAAUCGUCUUGUUUGCAAUCCCAGAUGGCAGGCAGCAAAAAUCUUUCAAGUAAUUUUUUAAUUUUUUUUUUGUUUUUGAAUGACAAGUUGGUAAUUUGGAUAACUUUGUGGAACUAGGUUUUUUACUAGUAAUUUGAAUAUCUUGUGUUUUUUGGGACAAAUUGUGAUUCUGCACUGAAAAGAUAUUUUAGUUUAUGCCCUUGAUGAAUUUAUUUAUAGAUGAUUCAAGUCAAAGGCAUAUGGAAUAAUUGAUAGUAAAAUGAAUUACUAUUAACAUAGCAUUCUUCUGAUUUUGGUUUGGCUGUUUGGCCUAUUGUGAAUGCCACUGUCGUCACAUGAAAAUGUUCGUAUUAUCGAA